UUCACACAAGUUUUUUUUCAGGUGUUGGGCGAAUACCUUUUCUGUAUAUUCAUCAUGCUAUGAGGGUUAUGUAACAAGCCUCAAACUCCUACAUCACUUAUUACAGGAGUUUGAAAUAUGUACGCAUACCUACUUCAUUGUACAGAGAACAAAGAGAAAUUUUGGCAAAGAACCAGAGCUGCAGAGAAUAGGAGGAAGCAUCCACUGGCAAGACACACAGGACAAUGCACGCCCUCACCUGCUCUGUGAUGGGGUACCUUUCAUUAUCAUGGGAACACGCACCUUAGACUGCCACCAGGGGCCUGAUAGAGACAAGAAGAGAAAGCAUAUCCGAGCUGCAGCAAACCAGCAAAAGGAUUUUGAAAACUACUUGGAUAUGGAGCAUGAUUACACAGAGAGAGAGUGGCAUAGUGUCAAAGCAUCAAAAAAGCUUAACUGUCCUGCUAAAAUAUACAUUCGACACAUCAUAAAGUUUCCUGAAUAUGAGUGUCCAGAAGCAAUAGAAGACAUAGGACACCGCCAUGCUGUCACCACAAGACUGCAACUUGAUUUCAAGAGGAGAGAAGAUAUUGUGAAAGGACACCAGUUUCAUGUCCAGCUUCCACAGAGUCAUGCCAAUCAUGUAGUUGGAGAGCAAACAGACUCAUCUCUCCCCAUUGAUCGAGAUUUAUCAGCUUUUAUUCAGAAGAAAGUGACUGAGGGUGUAGCAAACACCAAAGAAAUGAAAAAACUCCUCGAAGAAUACCUCCAGUCUAGUGAACACCUCUUCAAGGGUAAGGAGCUCCCCUCCAGGAACAACACAAGGUACUGGCCAACCCUCAAGCAGAUACGUAAUCAUAUGAUGCUGGCCACAAUGCGACAGAGGGAUAACCAAGCAGUCAGCUUACUUGAAGAGCCGAAGGAUCAACAGUGGCAGCAAACCUGUGAAGACUAUAAACCUAAUUAUGUUAAGGUUAUAAUUCUGGAUCUUCACAGCGUGAUGAAUAAGGUGCAGAGUUUGGCACGAGAAGUUGAGAGUUUGUCAGGAGUGUGUCAAGAUCCAAAUGUCCUUUGCGAAGUAGCUGCUGAAAUGGAGCAGCUUCGAGACAGCCUUCUGCACUCUAGUCAGAGCAACGAAAAGUCUUUUGUUGAUAAAUCUGAGGUCCUUCAACCUUAUACUGAACUAUAGCAUGACAGGAAGGAAGGGCAAUGAUUCUUCAAGGUCAUAGGAUCUCAUCACAGCAGACAUCUAAAGCACAAAGUGGGUCUACCAAAUUUGAAUAGAAACUGACUUCAUUGGCAUCAACAUAAUCAGGCAUGGUAAAGCCUGUCAUCCCACUUUAAUGGGCUAACUGGUGGAAUGCCCCUUCUGUCAAGUUUGAUCAGCUAUACCAUCCAUGCCUAUUAUGAGCAUGUAUCAACAGCAUAGGCAAUGGUCACUUAAUUGAUUAUUUACUGCAAUUUCUCCAGUGGAAGAUAAAUUGAAAUGGAACAUCAAUUCAUUACCCCUAGCAAUAUGCAUCAAAAAUCUACAAGUCCAAACAAAUUCUCAAAAGCAAGUGUAUUAUAGUUGUGACAACCCCACAUUACCAGAAGAAUUCUGGGGUUAACUACAGUAUUGUUUUCUGGUGUGAGCACAGCUCCACAAGGAGCCCAUUAACAGACCAUGUCCCCUUUCCUCAAGUUAAAUAAAAAUGGAUUUUUUUUUGUUAAGGCAUAGUUAAUAUUAAUAACCAAUUCAAGAUACCAGAUCAUUCAGUAAUUGAGAAUAGGGUAAAAAGGCUAGAUAGGUAGUACUGGUAAGGUAAUUAGUUAGUGAUUUUGCAGAGCCAUCUGUGUACAAACUUGUUCAAGGCAUCUGCAUUCUGAUUCUGGACUGAAAACCCAUCCACAAGUAUCAGGAAAUUUCUUUAAUAAACCUACAAUCCAGCAUUUAAACAUGCACUGCCACAAGUAAAUAUUUAGUUCCUACAUAGCAGUGAAUACCAUACAAGUAUAUUCAAAGAAUAUUUAUUCCACUUAAGUGAAUGUUGCAUAUUUCACAAUUAGCAUUGGGACAAUGCAGCAAGAGUACACUUAAUUCUUCAGCUUUAAAGAGUAAUGUAAUAUCAUUAAUAAAGCCUUUAAUGGAAGCAAAUAUUGUUCCAUCAUUACACGAAAAUUAAUUCAGAUCAAGUACAGAAUGUUCAAUGAGAGGAUAUCAAAAAGCAAGGUCACCUUCACACUUUAUUAACCAUGAGAUUUUCACACAUUAUGGAAUGAGCAAAGGGGACUAUAAUCCCUAACAAAUGCAUUCUUGGUCAGAGAAUCUUGGUCUCUUCGUGUAUUCUUCUCCCAGGGUCUGUGGUGUGUUGGUUGGCUGAGUUAUGC